AUGGAGAAAGACCAGCAAACAGCUGAGCAGUUAGAAGUAGAAAGAUGGAAGAUGAAAAAACUCUUGAAGUACUUACAGAAUGCAAGAGGAAAUGGGACAUCCAUGAUAUCCCUGAUACUCCCACCAAAGGAUCAAAUAUCCAGGGCUAACAAACUCUUAGUGGAUGAGUACGGGACAGCCUCAAACAUAAAAAGCAGAGUUAACAGACUCAGCGUACUCGGAGCAAUCACAUCAGCACAGCAAAGACUAAAAUUAAUCACAAAAGUACCUGAUAAUGGACUGGCACUGUACACAGGAACAAUCCUGGAAGACUCUGGCAAGGAGAAGAAAGUGUGCUUUGACAUAGAGCCAAUGAAGCCCAUUAAUACGUCACUGUACUUGUGUGACAGCAAGUUCCACGUACAGGACUUAAUAAACUCAUUAGAGGAUGAUUAUAAAUUCGGGUUUAUAGUGCUGGAUGGACACGGGGCUUUAUUCGCAGUACUCUCAGGUAACUCAAAAGAGGUCAAGCAGAACAUAUCCGUGGACUUACCAAAGAAACACGGCCGUGGUGGCCAGUCCUCAGUUAGGUUUGCUAGGCUUAGGUUAGAGAAGAGGCAUAAUUACCUUAAGAAAGUCAGUGAGAUAGCCACACAAGUGUUUAUAUCCAGUAAUAAGCCUAAUAUACACGGACUCAUCCUGGCAGGGUGUGCUGAUUUCAAGAGUGACUUAUACCAGGCAGACUUCUUUGAUCAGCGGCUUAAAGUGAAAGUGGCUAAAGUGAUUGAUGUGGCAUACGGUGGUGAGAAUGGACUAAAUCAAGCGAUAGAGCAGUCAGAAGAAGUCCUUCAGAAUAUAAAAUUAGUGAGUGAGAAGAGGACAGUUAAGAUGUUCUUUGAUGAGGUUGUCUCUGGGUCAGGGAAGGUUUGUUUCGGUGUGGAUGAGACCAUGGGCUGUUUAGAGAUGGGGUGUAUGGAGGUGUUAAUCAUAGACGAGUCAUCUACAAUAAGACGGGUUGAUCGGGGUGGGUCUGUGGUGUAUGCUGCUGAUUCCAGUGAGGGUGACUUACUGACUGACUGGCUUGCAGAGAAUUACAGGAAGGUUAAUUGCAGUGUGGUAUUUAUAUCUGACAAGAGUCAGGAAGGGACUCAAUUUAUAUCUGCAUUUAAUGGGAUUGGAGGGAUUCUUAGGUAUAAAAUGGAGAUGGAUGAUAAUGCGUCGGAGAUUGAAGAUUUCUCAGAUGCAGAUAUUUUUUAGAUAAUAAAAUAAAUUAUAACGGG